CAGUCCCAGCCAACCAAUCCCAUACAAGACGUAGUAAAUUAUAUCAGAAGGAAGACGUGACCGGUGCUCCCUGCAGUGCCGUCAUAACCUACUACCUACCUAACCUACCACUACCAAGCUAGCUACUAACUCAACUUCUUCAAUAAUAACCUAACCUACAUCCAUUCUUCCCUCUUUCUUCCUCUUCUCUCUAUUCUUCUCGUCACGCAUUCCUUCACGACAUAAUCAAAACGUAUUCUUUGCAAAAAGCCACAGUCUUUUUGCUUCCGUGACCAAUUCCAUCCCAAUUACCUCCCAUCAGCUCAAUUGUGUCCCUGCAUAACAACCGUUCACAAUGGCCCCGCUCAUGCUUCGACGUAUCGCUCAGACCCAGGCUCUCCGCCUUCCCACUGCCGUUUCGGUCGCUCGGCCGUUCUCGCAGACUGCCAAUGUGCGAGCCCUCAAGGAGAGCCAUACCAAUCAAGAGGGCCGGGGCGAGCAAGUUGAGAAGAGCAAGCAAGAGGGCUUGAAGAAGCAAGAAGAGGGCAAGGGCUACUGGCAUGACGAUUUGGCCAGCGAAAGCGAGUCAGCUGUCAAGGCUGACCGCGGCGAGAUCGACGCUACCAGCGAAGCUCUCAAGAAGCUGCAAAAGGAGACUGAGAAGAUUGCCCACAAGGCCGACGCCGGAAAGUCGCAGUAAAGAAAAAGGCUUGUAGCAGCACGAUAUGACAAGUAUUAUACCAAACUAUAAUUUUUUUCAAGCAGCAGCGGAUACCUGCUUUGGGGAAAGCUGGAAAGCGGGGGAAGGCGAGCACCGCGUGCUAGGAUAAGGUUUUUAUACGAAUGAUGCUUAUGUGUAUUAUCUGUCAUAUAUUUCAAGUUCACUUUCUACGGGAUAUUUAUACCUGCAUCUCAAUCAAAUCCAUUUCUUCAAACCCGCC